AAAGUAAAGAAUCCAGUCAACAAUUCAACAUGUUUUAUUCAAGAGUAAAGAGCCGGCGUAAUACUGUGUUAAAAGUUAAAAAAGGAAAAGUUCCCGUUUUGCCUGCUUCCAUUUCCUUUUUCUCUGCUCCACUUUCUCAUGGAGCCAAGUGGAGUGGCGCAGAGAAAAGGUAACCCAAAUAAAGAAACCAGUGGGAGAAGGAGAACAAAUUUAACAGAAGCAAAGAAAAAAGAAAAGCGGAACUGAACAAGUGAAGACUGAGGAGUGAAGCGAGAAUUGGGAAACAUAUAAUCGUCUGCUUCAAUUCCAACCACCCUCUCCAGUCUCCACGCUUCAAAACUCUCUUCUGUGUUUGCUUCUGGAGUCUCGUCUUUGUUCUUCAGGUGCCGCCAUUGAUGGUUGUUCAUCUGCUUUUUGUACUCCUAAAAUUAUAAUCUGAGUUCCCUAUAUCAUUUUUAAAAUUUGUUUUUCUCUCCAGUUACUGCAAAGUUCUUAAUUUCUUCUUGAGAAGGUCGUUUAUUUAUCCGGAUUUUUUUUUCUCGGAAUCUCUUCAAGUUAUGGAGAAAAUGGGUUUUCUUGGAGUUUGAGUUAGCCCGUCAUGGAUUUGGAAGGUGGUAUUUACGGGAGUCCUGUCAAGAAGCAAUCAUGGGCGACGGUUUUCACUCUGGCUUAUCAGAGCUUGGGCGUUGUAUAUGGGGAUUUGAGUACUUCUCCUCUUUACGUUUACAAGAGUACAUUUGCAGAGGAUAUUCAACACUCAGAGACCAACGAGGAGAUUUAUGGGGUGUUGUCCUUUGUGUUCUGGACGCUAACGCUGGUACCGCUGCUCAAAUAUGUAUUCAUCGUGCUUCGAGCAGACGAUAAUGGCGAAGGCGGAACUUUUGCGCUGUAUUCGUUGCUGUGCCGGCACGCCAGGGUGAGCUUCCUGCCCAAUUGCCAGGUUGCAGAUGAGGAGCUAUCGACGUACAAGAAGGAUGGCAUUGAUACCCCCGGCAGGUUAAAACCCAUCUUAGAGAAGCAUAAGGUGUGGAAGAGAGUGCUGCUUUUCCUGGCUUUGAUUGGAACAUGCAUGGUCAUUGGUGAUGGGGUCCUCACUCCUGCAAUUUCUGUCUUUUCUGCGGUGUCGGGUCUUGAGCUUUCCAUGUCCAAGGAGCAGCAUAAAUAUGUAGAGGUUCCAGUUGCCUGUGUCAUACUGGUGUGUUUGUUUGCCCUCCAACAUUAUGGCACUCACAGGGUAGGGUUCCUGUUUGCACCAAUCAUUAUAACAUGGCUCUUAUGCAUCAGUGUGAUUGGUGUAUAUAAUAUCUUCCACUGGAAUCCUUACGUGUAUCAAGCACUAUCUCCUUAUUACAUGUACAAGUUUUUGAAGAAAACCCAAAGGAGGGGUUGGAUGUCCUUAGGUGGAAUCCUGUUAUGUAUUACAGGUUCAGAAGCUAUGUUUGCUGAUCUUGGACACUUUUCCCAGUUAUCAAUCAAGAUUGCUUUCACCUCUGUGGUUUAUCCAUCCUUGAUAUUGGCAUAUAUGGGACAAGCUGCUUAUCUGUCCAAGCAUCACAUUAUUGAAAAUGACUACCAUAUUGGAUUCUAUGUAUCAGUUCCUGAGGAAAUAAGAUGGCCAGUCCUUGCGAUAGCCAUACUUGCAGCAGUUGUGGGAAGCCAAGCCGUCAUCACUGGGACUUUCUCAAUAAUUAAACAAUGCUCCGCUUUGAGCUGCUUCCCAAGAGUGAAAAUAGUUCACACAUCAUCUAAAAUGCAUGGCCAGAUUUACAUCCCCGAGAUCAACUGGAUUUUAAUGCUGCUAUGUUUGGCAGUUACAGUUGGAUUCAGAGACACAAAGCGAAUGGGAAAUGCAGCAGGUUUGGCAGUCAUAACAGUCAUGCUAGUCACCACCUGCUUGAUGUCCCUAGUUAUAGUUCUCUGCUGGCAUCGAAGUUUGUUCCUAGCUGUUUCCUUCAUAUUCUUCUUUGGCACAAUCGAGGCUCUCUACUUCUCAGCCUCCCUCAUAAAAUUCCUGGAAGGGGCAUGGGUCCCCAUUGCUCUUGCCUUCAUCUUUUUGAUUGUCAUGUAUGUCUGGCACUAUGGCACAAUCAAGAAGUACGAGUAUGAUGUCCAAAACAAGGUUUCAAUAAAUUGGCUCCUGAGCUUGGGUCCCAGCUUGGGAAUUGUGCGCGUACGAGGCAUUGGGCUCAUUAACACUGGUCUUGUCUCUGGGAUCCCAGCCAUUUUCUCUCACUUUGUCACUAACCUCCCAGCCUUCCACCAGGUACUAGUCUUCCUCUGCAUCAAGUCUGUCCCUGUGCCAUAUGUUCGACCUGAGGAACGUUUCCUUGUUGGACGUAUUGGCCCAAAAGAGUACAGACUUUAUAGGUGUAUUGUACGUUAUGGGUAUCGUGACGUGCAGAAGGAUGACUUGGAGUUCGAGAAGGAUCUUGUUUGUAGUAUAGCAGAGUUCAUCCGUUCAGAGAAAGCCGAACCCAAUGGAGGACUAGUAGAUUUGGAGAAGGAUGAUGAAAAAAUGACAGUUGUUGGCACGUCUUCAACGCAUUUAGAAGGGGUGCGGAUGUGUGAAGAUGAUGGAGAUUUUGCUGAAAUUGCAGGCCCAUCAGAGCUGAGGGAGAUACAAUCGCCGGUGAGGCCAAAGAAAAGAGUGAGGUUUGUGGUGCCUGAGAGCCCAAAGAUUGACACGAGCACGCGAGAAGAGCUGCGAGAACUGAUGGAAGCGAGAGAGGCAGGAAUGGCAUUCAUCCUUGGACAUUCCUACGUGAGGGCAAAGCGGGGGUCAAGUCUAAUAAAAAAGCUGGUCAUAGAUGUUGGUUAUGAUUUCCUUAGGAGAAACUGCAGGGGUCCUACUUAUGCACUUAACAUUCCCCAUGUCUCAACUCUUGAGGUGGGGAUGAUAUACCGUGUUUAGUUGUUUUGUUUUUCUUUGUUACCCAUGUAUCUGUAUAUGAUAGAUCAUAGAUCAAAUCUUUUCAGGGGAAGAAUCUCUCUCUCUCUCUCUC